AUGAAGAAGAACAGAGGUAUAGCAAUCUCGUCCCUGGUAUUAAGGAUCCUCACUCUAGCGAAAUUACUUUCUUGUAUCGGAUUAUUUGUUACCGACAAAAUCACCUUGGGAUUGGAUGGUGAUUCCAAAGUAACCAUCUUCAGCUUCAAGGAUGUCAUCGCAUACAGGUAUGCGGUUGCCAUUGCAGCGAUAGGUGCAGUCUACACCUUAUUACAGUUACCUUUUGCUAUUUACUAUGCAAUCAAAGGAAAAAGGUUAAACGGAUGCUUUCCAGAGUUUGACUUCUACGGAGACAAGCUCAUCAGCUUGCUCCUGGCCACAGCUGUUGGUGCUGGUUUUGCCAUCUCUGUUGAAUUCAAAAGAAACGUAGACAAUCUAGCUGAUGAUUUCUUGGAUAAAGCAAUUAUUGCAACCGGUGUUCUAUUAGGGGGCAACUGUUUGCAUGGCUGUAGUUUCAGUACUUUCAUCCAUCAGUCGAAGCAGCAAGUAGAGGAUUGUUUGGAUUAG